ACAAGGAAGCCAUUGCAUUUCCAGCAGCGCGCUGUGAGCGGUGGCAUGUUUGCAUGAUAUCUUUGCUGAGAACAGUACUUUAAAGUUUUCCCAACUGUUCUUGUUUUUAAUUCACAGUUUUUUUGGACAUAUACGAGGAAUAAACCGCCAAGAUGCCGCGAAUUAUGAUUAAAGGUGGUGUUUGGCGCAACACCGAGGAUGAGAUUCUUAAAGCAGCUGUGAUGAAAUAUGGCAAAAAUCAGUGGUCUCGUAUUGCAUCUCUGCUGCACAGAAAGUCAGCUAAACAAUGUAAAGCUAGAUGGUAUGAAUGGCUGGAUCCCAGCAUUAAGAAAACAGAAUGGUCACGUGAAGAAGAGGAGAAGCUCCUUCAUUUGGCCAAACUGAUGCCCACCCAAUGGAGAACAAUAGCUCCCAUCAUCGGCAGAACUGCAGCACAGUGCCUAGAGCACUAUGAGUAUCUUCUAGACAAAGCUGCCCAAAGAGACAAUGAAGAAGACACAAACGAUGAUCCUCGCAAACUUAAGCCAGGAGAGAUUGACCCAAACCCUGAAACAAAACCAGCCAGGCCAGACCCUGUGGACAUGGAUGAAGAUGAGUUGGAGAUGCUGUCUGAGGCCAGAGCAAGGUUAGCAAACACACAAGGAAAAAAGGCCAAGCGGAAAGCCAGGGAGAAGCAGCUAGAGGAGGCGAGGCGCUUGGCAGCCCUGCAGAAGCGCAGAGAGUUGCGUGCUGCAGGCAUAGAUAUUCAGAAGAAGCGCAAGAAAAAACGAGGUGUAGACUACAAUGCAGAGGUUCCCUUUGAAAAAAAGCCUGCUCCAGGAUUUUACGAUACUUCUAUGGAACAGUACGAUCCACACGAGCCUGACUUCAAAAGACUUCGCCAGCAGCAUCUUGACGGAGAGCUGAGAAAUGAAAAAGAAGAGCGUGAGCGUAAAAAGGACAAACAGAAGAUCAAGAAGAAGAAAGAGUCAGACCUCCCAUCUGCCAUUUUGCAGACUAGUGGGGUGUCCGAGUUCACCAAAAAGAGGAGCAAGCUAGUGCUGCCUGCACCACAGAUAUCAGAUGCUGAACUAGAGGAGGUGGUGAAACUCGGUCAGGCCAGUGAAAUUGCUCGCCAGACCGCUGAGGAGUCUGGAAUCACAAACUCUGCUUCCAGUGCUUUGCUUUCUGAGUACAAUGUCACCAAUAACAGCAUGGCCCUUCGCACACCCCAGACUCCUGCAGCACAGGACAAGAUCCUACAGGAAGCCCAAAAUCUGAUGGCACUUACUAAUGUGGACACUCCUCUGAAGGGUGGUCUAAACACACCUUUGCAUGAGAGUGACUUCUCUGGGGUCACCCCACAGAGGCAGGUGGUCCAGACUCCCAACACUGUGCUCUCUACACCCUUCAGAACACCAAGUCAUGGUUCAGAGGGUUUGACGCCUCACAGUGGCAUGACCCCAAAGCCUUCAAUAGGAGUGACCCCUGGUCGCACGCCCCUGCGGGACAAGCUCAACAUCAACGCUGAGGAUGGUGUAGUGGAUUACACAGAUCCAUCUUAUGCCAAACACCUGCAACGAGAGUCUCGCGAGCAGCUGAAGUUGGGGCUAUUGUCUCUUCCACUUCCCAAGAACGACUUUGAGAUUGUGUUGCCUGAGAACGCUGAGAGGGAGAUGGAAGAGCCAGAGGUCGACGAGAGCUUUGUGGAGGACGCAGCUGAUAUUGAGCUACGUAAACAGGUAGCAAGAGAAGCUGAGCGUGAGAAAGAGCUGAGACAGAGACACACAGCAGUCCAGAGGAGUUUACCUAGGCCCUCCGAGGUAAAUGAGACCAUUCUGAGGCCUCAGAAUGUGGAGCCUCCUCUCACAGAGGUGCAGCAGGCAGAAGAGCUCAUAAAGAAAGAGAUGAUCACCAUGAUCCACCAUGACAGCCUGCACCACCCAUACACAGACAUGCUGGCUAAGAAAGCUAAAGGAGCAGGCUCGGGUUCUACCAAUGCUGAGCACGUUAGUUACCUGGAGAAAACACCGUACGAAAAAGUGGCAGAAGAGGACCUCAAAAAGGCAAAAGAGAUACUGAGGCAGGAGAUGGAGGUUGUGAAGCAUGGCAUGGGACAUGGCGAUCUUUCCAUCGACGCUUAUAACCAAGUUUGGGAGGAGUGUUACAGCCAGGUUCUGUACCUGCCUGGACAGAACCGAUACACCAGAGCCAAUCUGGCCAGCAAAAAGGACAGGAUUGAGUCUCUGGAAAAGAAAUUGGAGAUUAACAGAGGGCACAUGACAACCGAGGCUAAGCGGGCAGCUAAGAUGGAGAAGAAGAUGAAGGUUCUUUUAGGAGGCUAUCAGUCUCGGGCCAUGGGUUUGAUAAAGCAGCUCAGUGACCUGUGGGAUCAGGUGGAGCAGGCCCACAUGGAGUUGCACACCUUCCAGGAGCUGAAGAAGCAGGAGGAUCUGGCCAUCCCACGCAGACAGGAGGCUCUGAGAGAAGAUGUGCAAAGGCAACAGGAAAGAGAGAAGGAGCUCCAGCAAAGGUUUGCUGAUCUUCUCCUUGAGAAGGAAACUUUGCAUCAGAGAAGUUCUUCAGAGAAGUUCUGAUUGUGAUCUGGGACUCUUAUACUCCACCAUGGCUGUGUCUACACAGUAAUCUAUAAACAAAACACAGUAAAAGCUUCUGAGUGUUUUUACUUGUUCAGCAGCGUUGUUGUACCAUGUUAAUGUUUGCUACUGUAUCUUCAGUUUCAGCAGCAGUCACUUGGUCCUUAAUUCUCAUAAACAGUUGCAGGUGUUUUUUUUUUAGUUAGUUUUUUUUUAUUUUGUUUGGUGAACAUGUGGUUCAUUUUGUAAAUAAAAUAACAGACGUCUAGCAGGAUGUGCUUUAUCCAGAAUCAGGAUUCAGCAGAAAGUGGUCUUGCACCUUUUCAUUGCUCUAUCAUUGUGUGGAGAAACACACAGUCUCUGAAAUAACCAGCUCUUUACCUAAUAAAUCGUUUGUUUCAAAAA